AUGAAAGGGACUGUCUCCUGGUUUUGCGUGUCUUGCCAUAACAGCGAUGCCCAUCGUAUGAAGGUCAAAUUUACAGCACAUGAGCCUGGAUCGUGUCUUGUUUGCGUUUGGUCAUAUCUACUCCCUGCUAAGCGGCGCAUCAAUAUCAAUACACUGUGCGCAAAUUGCUUAGAGGAAACCAACCUUCUAUCAUCGAAGGAACAGCGGGCGUUUAUCCACAAGAAGAAGGAUCAAAUCAUGUUUGAAAGAAGCGUUGCUUGGGUAAAGCAGGAAUGGGACUUUUGGGUCACUUGUCGCGAAUGUCAGCGUAUCAACGAAUCUUUACAACAGAAUAAGGGGUUGCAUGUUCAUCUCGUUGGUGGCGUUAGUAUAUGA